AUGGCCUUAAAGGUGAUCCUCAUCCAUUCCAAGAACAAGCCAAAAUUGCUAACUAGUAAUGUGCCAUAUAUGAACCAUUCAAAACCAGCAAUUUAUCUUUGCUUCAGCAAUGAAGUAUCCUGCAAAAAGCGAGAGGAUUAUUUGGAAUGGCCUGAAUAUUUUAUGGCAGUAGCUUUUUUGUCAGCACAAAGAAGCAAGGAUCCAAGUUCUCAGGUUGGUGCCUGCAUUGUAAAUUCAGAAAAUAAGAUUGUUGGAAUUGGAUACAAUGGGAUGCCUAAUGGCUGCAGCGAUGAUGUACUACCCUGGACAAGAACAGCAGAACACAGACUAGACACGAAAUAUCCUUACGUGUGCCAUGCCGAAUUGAAUGCCAUCAUGAACAAAAACUCAGCUGAUGUGAAAGGCUGCAGCAUGUAUGUUGCCUUAUUUCCAUGUAAUGAAUGUGCAAAGCUCAUCAUCCAGGCAGGCAUAAGGGAAGUUAUUUUUAUGUCUGACAAGUAUCAUGACACUACAGAAAUGACAGCUGCACGGCGGAUGUUUGAUUUAGCAGGUAUUAUAUACAGGGAAUUCAAGCCAAAGUGUAACAAGAUCAUCAUCGACUUUGAUUCAAUUAACAGCAGACCAAGUCAAAAGCUUCUGUGAAUUAAGUCUCAUUAAGUCGCUCGAAGAGUGUGAUUAUCCUUUUCUAAAAAGCUGCUAAUGCCUUUCAUCUUCAAGUUACUUGCAACUUUUUAAUGGCUUCUGUAGCUAAAGUAGACUUCUAAGAAAUCCAAGGCAUAAAAUGUCCCCCUCACUUCAUCUUGUCGUGUGGAAUCUAAAUCUACUUAAAAUUUUUUAAUGCCUUUAUCAAAACUGCUUAAAAAGUCUAGAGACAUGUAGAUGAGACAAUAUAAUGUAUGUAAAGAAAACUGUUCUGCUUCUUGCUGUAUUCAUCACCACAUGCUCUGAUAGGCUGUCAGCACCGGUUUAGACUCAGCUGAGCAGCGGUACUUAUUGUAACCAGGAGUACAUUGGAAUACGCUAAUACGUGUUGAUCUCUCUAUUGGAUAUGUGGAUCUAAAUCGCUGAUCCUUAUAAAGGGCAAAAAAUGUUAUCCAUGCAAAUACUAAUCUUCCAACUAGCACAACACUAAUAUUUAAAAGGUUACACACCUUUAAGAAUGUGUGACAUUCUGCACGUGUUAUCCAACAAAUGAAAUACUGAUUUUUCUUUAAAUUGUUAUCUAACAUUGUCAUACAUGGGA